AUCGCCCACCGCCUACACAGCCUGCCUCACCACCUCCUCUCUCUCUCUCUCUCUCUCUCUCCGUCCUCCUCUCCAUCUCCUCCUCUCCAUCUCACUCUCCUCGACUCUCCUCGACUCUCCUCUCACGCCUCUCCCUCCAUCCCCUCCAUCAAGCGGUCUCGUGUCACCCUAGACACGAGACCUAGCCCCCGCCCAACCGACCAUGUCGGAUGCCGGCCCGCCCUCAUCCACCGGUGGUGCCAACUCCAACUUGGCCACGACUCCCACUAACCCCAACACGGCCGCCACCACCUCUACGCCUCCCCCACAACCCCACUUUCGUCCCUCCCCCGUGCGCUCGUUCACCGUCCACAACCCAUACCUCUCCACCGUCAAGGGACGCGCGACCUCUCAACCCCCCGGCGAGCGCCAGCCAAACUCGUCCCCCGCUUCCGGACGCGGCAGCCCAGGCAUGAACGGAAGCGACUUUGGCGUCAUCGGCGGAUCGCGCACCCCCACCGGAGGCAGAGCUGCAGUGGGCUAUUCCGCGCCGACGCGCGCGAGCAGCUUCUCGGUCGGCGAAAAGCUCGACCAAAAGCCGUCCUCUCUCAUCCGUACCCUUUCAUCACAUAUGGAGGAGCGCACAAUGGAGCGCACCACCUCUCCAUCUCAGUUCCCGACUUUCUCGCCGUCCUCGUCCCCAUCGACGUCACCUACGCUCUCCGGUCAACAGGCGCUCCCAGGCGGCAGUGGUGCGCAGUACUCGCCACCCAUCGCCCCCGCCAACGUCUCCCGCUCGCGCUCUCAGUCGAUGGCGACAGGAAACCGCCCAGACCGUAACUUUAUCAUGCCUAUGACGACCUUUGACUCCCCGACCAACUUGAGGUUUGAGGACCCAUGGCCCAAAAGCAAGGAGUCGAGCAACAUGUCGCCAUUUGGCGGCAAUGUACGCACCUUUGGCGAUGCAGACGAGCAGCCGCAGCGCCCCACUGCCACCCAGGCCGCUAGCUUCAGAACGCCCCAGGAUCCGACGUUCGGCUCGCGCGCUGCGUGGAAGUCACCCACCACCUCUGCGCUCACAGCUUCAGUCAGCAAAGCUCUCGGCUCCCAGCCCAGCUACUCGUCGGUUGUCGGCGGGUUCGAUGACACGGCAAACGGCGGCCGUUCAGGCAACAACAGUCGUCGCCACUCGAUGUCUGUCGUUGGGGCCGGGCCUCGCCGCGGGUUCAGCUACAACGAGGGCCAGGCAAUGAGCACGCUUAAAGCUUCCUCGCGCCGCGGCAUUGGUCCCCUGGGCUUCAGUGACGAGGAGCUCCUUCCCGAGCGCUUGGGCAAUGCGCUAAGCCUCACUCAAGUCGACGAGCCGCAGAGCGAGACCGAGGUUGCUUCCAGCUUGCCCAUGUUCACUCCGCAAGUCGGGGAGGCGCCCCGCAGCAUCCCGCGCUCCAACCCCGCUCCCGCCGACCCGUUCUUCAGCUCGUCGCAGGAGAAGCAGGAGCGCAGCAAGUUCCACUUUGAGAGCACGCGCGGCCGUGCCUCCUUCUCCAUGCCUCCCAGCCACCCCGGCGCGCCCGGCCACCCCGGCGCGCCCGGCGGUGGGUCAGGCUCAAGCCCAGAUUCCGGCCGCGAGGUCCAGCGUCCCACUCCGGUCGGUGCUCCUGUGCGUGCUCCCGCGCCUGGCGCUGGCGCAUUCGGCAACUCGAUGUAUGACACGCGCUUCGGUGCGCCCUCGCGGCCCGGCUACCCCGGUGGUCCCUUCUCCCAGCCGCCCAUGGGUCCCGGCCCUACCUUUGGCCGGCCGCCAUCGGGCUUUGGCGGCUUCUACGGCGGCGUCGGCCAGCCGCAAGGUGGACCGCGCCCUCCAUUCCCCCAGAACGGCGGCUUUGGCGGCAUCGGAGGCGGAAUGGGUGGUAUGGGCGGUAUGGGCGGUAUGGGUAGUAUGGGAGACAUGGGCGGGAUGAGUAUGGGCGGCGGCGGGCUGGGCGGCGGCAUGGGCGGUGGCAUGGGUGGUGGAAUGGGUGGGGGCAUGGGCCCCGGAUUCCCUCCCGGUCCUGGCAGCUUCCUCAAUACGCCUGCUCCGCCGGGGCAGCACGGCGGCGUCUUCGGCGGCCCGGGUAGCCAGCCAAACUACUUUGCCUCGCAGCCCUCGGCGCCUGGCGCGCCUGGCGCGCCCACCUCGCCGUCGUCCUUCUCGUCCCUCUCGCUGGCGGAUCUUGGCAAGGGCAUACCGCUCGCCAACCUCCCGCCGACGACGCCGCUCUACAUCGUCACCUUCAAGGCCGGGCGCCGCGACGUCUUCUACUGCCCGGACCCGACGCUGCUCAUCUCCAACGGCGACCGCGUCAUCGUCGAGGCGGACCGCGGCUCGGACCUCGGCACGGUCGUCCACGACCAGCUGACGCCGCUCGACGUGCGCGAGUGGCAAGAGAAGCAGGCGACCCAGGCGCUUCUGCACGGCGCCUCGCCCCACCAGCCGCCGGGCAUGACGCUCUCCGGCGCCGAGCCUGCACCGCCGGGCAACACGAACGGCAGCGGGCACAAGCGGACGAACAGCGGGCCCGUGCGCCCCCCCGCGCCGGGCCAGCUCGACUUCUCCGGCGCCGACCUGAACACGCUGCUGUCCGGCGUCGGGCCCUCCGGCAGCCAGAUGGACAUGGGCGGCGGCGGCAUCGGCGCGCGCGGCCCCCUCGCAAAGGAGAUCAUGCCGAAGCGGAUCUUCACCAAGUCGAGCGGCGGGCCCGAAGAGCAAGCCCGCAUGGUCGAGAAGCUCAAGGACGAGUACGACGCCAUGAUGAUCUGCCGCGAAAAGGUCGUCCAGCGCGGCCUCCCCAUGCAGAUCGUAGACGCAGAGUACCAGUGGGACCGCCGCAAGCUCACCUUCUACUUCAAGGCCGAGAAGCGCGUCGACUUCCGCGAGCUGACCAAGGAGAACUUCCGCAUUUUCAAGUCGCGUAUUUGGAUGUCCAUGGUGCCCAAGGACGACCCGCGCGGCGCGUCCGGCGCGUCCGGCGGCCACGCGCCGGCGUGAAGGCGAGGAUAGAGAUAAGACAUUCUACAUGUUCGGCGGACGGCGGAUACCCACCCGCCGCCUGCCUUUCCGCUAAGAGCGAGAGAUCGUAGACGUUACGCUAGUGUACGAUAGGCGAGAGGCGAGAGGCGUGUAGUGAUGCUAGUGUUGAGGGUACGUGGGCGUGGGGUGUUUGAGGGAUGGGCGAGCAAUACCUUGUGCCCAUUGAAGAGUCUUGUCCUGGAAUGAGUGUGGCUUUGCGAAUGCACUUGGCGAGUAAACCGGUAUCGGGGCUUGCCAUGGCAAGACAGCCAACACCUUACUACCGCGCGCGCGCGCCUCACAACUCUCCAUGCACUGUGUCUCAUCC